GUGAUUUUCUAUAUUAGGUUUUUUCAGCUUACGUAAUCUUAUUCUUAUCAAACAAUAUAAUUUUCAACUUAUCCCUAAAAUCAUUAAAACAUUGAUCGUUGUUCUUGUUGGACUAUAUACCCAAUUGACCGCUCUUAGUAAAUUUAUAAAUCGAUCAAAUAGUGGGCCCCAUUUUGAAUUGUUCUUCCGCGACGUCACCUUUAUAACAAGUUUCUCAGUUAUUCUAUUGAAUUUGAUUUUCACUUAACCGACAUAGUUACCUAAAUAAUCAAUUUAUAAGAAUCAAAAACCUUUUAGUGUAAAAUGUAUUGAUAUUCUGCGAAAUGUUAUUUGUCUUUGAUAAAACGUCCCCGGAUUGGACACAUAAUUUACUUUUACUUUUAAAUGUUUGAUAUUACAGAGGACAAUAGAUAAUAUAUAUUAUUUCACAAUACACAUUUUUAGAAUGUCGUCUGUAUAUUUCUUUUUAUUUGUUUAUUUAUUUGCAAAUCAAGAUAAAGGAGAAAAUGUGACCGUAACAAUUUGAAAAAUAACUUUAUGAACAUAUUAACUGGUUUUUAAAACCGUUAGAAAAAUCCAGUGUUGUCAUCAAAAUUUAAAAAUGCAAUUCUUCAAUAUAUUUUUGACUGUUGCGGUUGCAGUCUUUGCAACUAUCAGGGGUUUUGACGAGACCGAAAAAAUAGAUUUUGGAAGAAAAGUAGAACUUUAUCGUCGCGAUGGAGAUAGCAUGGAACUAAUUUCUGGAGUUAUUACUUUGUUUUAUAAAACCACGAUGUACACAUGUAUUACAGAGUGCAAGAAAAGAAAGUUAUGCGCCUAUGUUAAUUAUCAUUUCAAAACCACUUUGUGUUUCCUAAUACGAGGCUCCGAAUUAAAUGAAACUUUUGGUAUCGUUGAAUCUGACGGAUAUGGCUUUGGAGUGAAGAGUUCAUGGGACUUAACCAAUUACCUGACCUGCAAUACAUGUACAGACAAGGAAGUAUGCCAUGUGGAAACAAGUGGAUGUGUAAUUGAAGAGUGCAGGCUGGUUCAAGAUGAAACUACGUUUUCAUAUACGGAUGGAAACAUUUUUUAUGUUGGGAAGAAAGUUGCGCAUCGUUGUAAAACAUUCUAUGAUAUGGUGGUAUACACAACAGUGUCAUCAACGUGCCUUUCUAACGGGACAUGGACGGAAACGAACUUUACAUGCAUUGAAAUAAAUGAAUGCGAAAGUAGCCCGUGUCAAAAUGGCGGUGUGUGCAAUGAUUUGCUAGGGAGCUACAGUUGUACAUGUGCAGAAGGAUGGUCGGGAACAAACUGCGGAACUGGUAUACUUUGUUCUAAAUUGUGUCUUCCUGAAACGUCCAUUUGA